AUGAACUCGAUAUUUGGGCCAGCCAAAACUUGGUUUACGUCAUUGCCGACAUCCACCCAGGCUCUGGAUCCAGAACCAGCAGCAAGCAGUUCAAACAGCUCAACACCCGGUCAUAGCCACGCCAUUGAUACGUCGUCAUCAUCUCCGAAGAGAACCGGGCCGGACGAUGAAAGUAGUUCAGAUAAUAACUGUUUCAACACGGCCAUCCAGGACCACCUGCGGCAAAAGUCUGUCCAAGAAACCCCAAAAGAGGGAAAAGUAGAGGAUAAAGAACCGUUUGGGGGAAGGUUUGAGUAUGUGCGCGCAGCUCAUGCGAAAGAAUCAAAGGGGACAGAAGACAGCGACGAUGCCACGAAGUCACUCCAGGCAGAUUUUUCUACAUCGUCGACCAAACACGACGCCGAAGCUGGAUCUUCAAAGAGGCCUCUAGUCGUCGAAGAUCUUGAGGCCUUGGGCCGUAGUGGAAGCGUCGACAGUGCGAAGAGACGGAGAUUGAGCAUCGGACAGCACCGGUCCGGAUGUUAUGACCACCUUUUUUCAAAGGACCAGCGUCAGCGCUUUAAAAGAGAACCCGGCUCAUCUCAUUCCCGGAUUAGAGCGCCCCUGAGACCCCUGAGUAAAAAUGUGCUGUCUCGAAUGAGCCCUUGCACGAGCCUGGAUCACGCGAAGUCAAAGGAGAUUGCUAAAAGUAUCAGGAACACGCCAACCACAGUAGGCGUUAAGGCGACGGAGAAAGUUUAUCAAAUUAAAGAGAGGGCAAAGGAAACUCAAGCACCCAAACGAACAGAAGAGCAAGUGGUACGAGAAUUCACCAAGGCCCCUAUUGACAGCAUAUUCGGUGACAAGACUGCAAGCAAUCCCACAAACACCAUAUCUUCUUCGAGGGGCCAACCGACCAAAGAUGCACGAAGAACGCAAGGUGACAAAAAUCCGGCAUCAAGCCAACCAGUAACCCAUCAAACAGCUCAAGCAACACAACCGUCUCGAUCAAAGGGGAAGCCUUCGAUAUCACGUCUUACGAAAGCAGACGUGAAUCAAUUCAAUUUUUUCAAGGACAAGGGCCCACAAACGAAGCAUGCAAGAAUAGUCAACCAUCUCCCUAGCAGUUUCAACGAAGAGCGAACCGGUUACAAGUUUACAGCUCAGCGCGCCACUAAUGAUUUCCAACAAUCGGCAAAAGAAUACGAGGGACCAGUUCGGCCUUCGCCAGCCUCAAGACGCAAGAAGUCUACCAUUCCAUCAUCGAGCAAGAACCCACCGGCACCAACAACCAGCAUUCACGCUCUUCCACCAACCCUGACUCCAACGCUACCACCCCCUCAUCACUUCCCAGCUGCUCUUCCUCCAGUUCCAGAACCAGACCCCGAUGCUGCCAUCCCUCCACCUCCUCCACCCAAGAAAGCCGUGCCCGCGCAAUCCCUCCUCUCCCCCACCGAUGUCAUCCUACAAUACGUGAUCAAACAAACGAAGAAACACCCCAUCUCCGAGUCCGACUCCGUUCGCCACUACCGAUCGAAGGUCGUUUACACCUCCAAAAAGGAGGCCAACGAAACCUGCCGACGACGGGUGCUGAACCUACUCAAGGAGGACAUCCCCUUUCAAACUGUGGAACAAGGAUAUGUGGGCGACCACCUUUUCAAAGGAACGGUUUUUUACGAGGAUGGGGAAAUUCAGUUCUACUAUGUGCACGAGGAGGCGGCGAUGCUCGGUGAAGUGCUGGAGAAGAGGGAGUUGUGGGUGGGCGAGGAGGGCAUGGGGAUUUAUGCAAAGAGGAUGUGGGUUGUUUGGGCUGUGAGGUAUUAUCCGAGUGAGGAAGAAGAGACGAAGAGUCCGGGAGUGGGGGUGGGAAGUGGAAAGGGAAGGGUUGAGGUAGUGGAUGAGGGGGAUGAGGGGGAUGACGAAGACGAUGAUGAAGAGGAGGAAGAUUUAUUCGGUUGUAAGGACGUUGAUGGGCAGUUGAAUGAAGGGGAUGUUGAUGUGGAAGCAGGUGAGACGCAGAAGAUUAGCGAAGAUCAGGAUACUUCAGGUGUCCAGAUGAACAUGGACUCACAAACUGAGGGCCACCAAACGCAAACGGAGCCUGAGAUUCACACUCAACAGGAGAUUACGAGCAAAACCCAGAGCGAGACCCAAACACAGCCGGAGAAACAAACUCACGCUAAAGAAGAAGUCUUCCUAACAACAUCCCCCCACCCCCUCCUCCCCCUGCCCUCCUCCACCCUCCUCACACCCGCCACCACUCUCCACGGUACUUUCACGACCCUCCGCCUCGCCAACCUUGAGGCACUGGAAAUCUUCAAAGCCCUAACCAAGCCGGAGCCGCCCGCGAGGAUGAACGAUGUUUCGCACUGGCGGGACGAGGUGGUUCCCGAAGCGGAGGCGAGGUUCAAAGAAUGGACUAACACAAAUGGCCAAAAUAAUGAUGAUGUUGAUAACGGGAAAGACACCAAUGAGCAGGGCAACGAAAACGAUGGGGACGAUUAUUAUGGAAAUAUGAUAGAGAAAAGACCAUUCAACAUAGAAUGGGAACCUGAUGCGCACUUGUUCAAGUGGCGGUUUAGAAAAGUGGAGGUGUGGGUUCAGGAGAUGGAGCUAAAGGGGCCGAAGAAUUUGGGCGGGUUGGAGAUUAAGGUGCCGUCGUCGGGGAAUUCGAAUUCGGGAGGAGUAUCGACAAAGACAAAGGGAGCUGGAACGGUAAAGGUGAAAGCUUUAACUGCAACUACAGCUGCAACUACUACCCCUAGCACCGCCGCCCCUAGAACGGAUGAUGAUGAUGAUGAGCUCGCCAACCAACACACAUACUACAAAAAUGCCCGGGAAGAAUUAGCAGCAGCCAAGGCCAAAGCGAAGGGAAAGAAGCGUAGAAGACCAACAAGAGAGGAGAAAGGAAAAGGUAAAGCCAUUAACGUUGACCCUGUUGUUCCUAGGGAAGGCAAUGGGAAGCCGGCGGUGAAGGAGGGGGAGGACGAGUGGGGAGGAAUUGAGGAGGGUGAGGUCAGUGAGGAAGACUGA